GUGAAGCAUAGGUUUAAGCCUACAUCUUUUGAAUGUAAUGUUCCUGGUUGUGGCAAGACUUUUUCUAGGGCCUAUAAUCUGACAUCACAUAUGAAGACUCAUUCCUCAGAGCGACCGUUUCAGUGUGGGUCAUGCCAUUUGGCGUUUGCGAGACGUCAUGACCUAGAGCGGCAUGUGCGUCUGCACACAGGAGAAAAACCUUACACUUGUGAAGACUGUGGAUGUGGUUUCAUGCGGAAUGAUGCACUACAUCGCCAC